AUGGAGCCAAGUCAGGCGGACUUCUGCCACCCGUACCAGCCGUAUUCUAUUCAAUUGGACUUUAUGACCAACUUAUAUCGCUGCCUGGAGGAAAAGAAAGUCGGGAUCUUUGAGUCUCCGACUGGAACAGGCAAAUCUUUGAGCCUCAUAUGUGGGGCCCUAACUUGGCUUCGAGAUCAUGAGCGUCGCUCUUUGAGCGGCACAGCUGGCGAAAAUGAUCCAACGGACUGGUUGGUGCAAGCCGAGUCAGCGGCACAAUGCCGUGGACUGCUUCUUGAACGUGAAGAACUCGAGCGGAAGCUUGCCAGAAUUCGCGAGGAAGAGGCCUGUCGUAGAGAGCGAAGAGUCGACUCAAGGGUCUUAAAGAAAGCACGCACUGCCGAUGCAAAUGGUGCAGAUCGUGCUUUAGAUGAUGUUGAGGAGUUUAUGCUUGAUGAUUAUGACGACGAUGGGGAAGAAAUCCCAUAUCAACGUAACAGCACUGGUUACUCAAGUUCAACUCAGGCACUACUUGACAAGUUACAACAGCCGACAAAGACAGACGUGGAAGAAGCAGAAAAAGAUCGACUCAAAAUCAUCUUCUGUUCGCGCACGCAUUCCCAACUGACUCAAUUUGUCAAUGAGUUGCGUCGUGUGAAGCCGCCAUCCUCUAUUCCCCCCGGAUUCGAAGAUAUUUUACCUGAUACUUGUCUUGAGGAAAGGAUCAAGCAUCUCGCACUCAGUUCGAGGAAAAAUUUAUGUGUCAAUCCUCUAGUCACCCGCUUGUCAUCCACGGCAGCAAUCAAUGAGCAGUGUCUCGAACUUCAGAAACCCAGAACGGUAAAGGAUAAAAGGUGUCGCUACCUGCCUUCCAAGAAUGACAGAGAAAGAGUGGAGUCGUUCCGAGACAGGGCCAUUGCACAGAUCAGGGACAUCGAAGACAUUGGCAAUCUCGGGAGAGCCAUGGAAAUUUGUCCUUACUAUGCCUCUCGAGCUGCCAUCGCUUCGACCGAAGUCCUUACUCUUCCCUAUCCUCUUCUUUUGCAGAAAUCCGCCCGAGAAGCACUGGGAAUAUCGCUCAAGGACAAUGUCGUUGUCAUCGAUGAAGCGCACAAUCUGAUGGAUGCCAUCGCGGAUACGUUCUCCAUGGCAUUGCGCCUGAGUCAGCUGGAUCAAGCUGUAGACCAGGUAACUGCUUAUGCGAUGCGAUUCAAAAAUCGCCUGAAAGGGAAAAAUCGAGUCUAUCUUACGCAAGUGAUUCGGUUACUAAAUUCGCUCACAGAUUGCCUACGGGAUACAAUGAGGAAUACACACUCCACAGAGGUGUCUGUUCCUGCUGCUCAGCUUAUGUCGGGGAAAGGCGUUGAUCAGAUUAAACCUCAUAAGCUAUUGCGGUAUCUGCACGAAAGUAAACUCUGCCACAAGGUUGAAGGCUACACGGAAUCUCAAAAGGCCGAGAACGAGUCGAACCACGGAAAGGGUGUUUUGAUGCACUUCCAGGACUUCUUGUUGAAUUUGAUGAAUCCACAGAGUGAAGGAAGAUUCUUUGUGAGCCGACAAGACAAGGAUAUCAUUGUUCGCUACACUUUGCUUGAUCCAAGGGAGCAUUUUCGGGAUAUCGUUCAGGAUUCCAGAGCAGUCAUAUUGGCCGGAGGGACUAUGUCCCCAAUGACUGACUAUUCCGACUAUCUUUUCUCAUAUCUCGAAAAAGAUAGGCUUCGAACUUUUAGUUUUGGGCAUGUCGUUCCAGCUUCUCAUUUAUUCGCUCAAGCCGUUGUGAAUGGGCCUUCGAACGUCGAGUUCGACUUCACAUAUGAAAAACGUGCUUCGGAGAAAAUGAUCCUGGAAUUGGGCCAUUUGAUUGUACGCGCUUGCAGAGUCGUACCGGACGGAGUAGUUGUGUUUUUCCCUAGCUACGACUAUCUGUCUCAGGUUGUGUCCGUUUGGCAAAGACUCCCAACCUCCCAACCGCUGAUGACGGUCCUGGGUAAAACGAAGGUCACCUUUCAAGAAUCCAAGUUCGUUCAGGUCGAGGAACUCCUGCGAGAUUAUGCGAACGCGGUAGACGCUGGGAAGGGCGGCUUAAUGCUGUCCGUCGUUGGCGGAAAGCUUUCGGAGGGAAUCAAUUUCUCGGACAGACUGGGUCGGGCAGUGAUCGCGGCUGGUCUUCCGUUUCCAAACGCCAAUGGUGCGGAGUGGAAGGCCAAAAUGCAACAUAUUGAGGCUCUUCGAUAUCAGCAGUGCAAAGGAGAGGGAAAAUUCAAGGAGGCGGAAUGCAGGACGGAGGCGAAACGUGCAAGUAGGGACUUCUAUGAAAAUGCAUGCAUGAGAGCUGUCAAUCAAAGCAUCGGAAGAGUCAUCCGUCAUAGAAAUGACUAUGCAGCAAUUCUGAUGGUAGACAGACGGUUUGCGACGGAAAGGAUCAGGCGGAAACUGCCAGGAUGGAUUCAAGGGAGCAUGCCGAAGGGUAUUCGAGCUUGGGACGAAAUAGAGAGAUCUCUUGAGGACUUCUUUCAAGGUAGAUAG